AAGAAGGAAUGAAAUUCUGCGCUUUGAGCUUAUGUGGGAGCGUUCCUCACACUUUUAGUUUAAGGUUAUUAAAACUUUUAGAUGCUUUGUGAGGAAUAUAUAUAUAUAUAUAUAGUUUAUUAGGAACGCUAACAUGAACCCGGACACCGAACUCCAAAUGCUAAACACUUCCUUGAAUAACGUGUCUGAUGAAAACGGCGAAACUCCGGAGCGCCGUGAAAGCAGCGACUCUGAGGAGACGAAGAAAAAUCACCCAUGCGCGUGCAUUUUGCGCGAAGGAGUCGCCUGCGCGCUCGUGCUUGUGUUCAUGUGCGCGCUGGUAGUUCCAGUGUACGUGUGUAUGAAGCAGCUCGUUAUAGGGAAGCCCACCGAGUUCAACGCCACCAGGGCAAGGGAGUACCUGGAGAGCAUCACCAGUGUGGGGCCUCGACCUGUAGGCAGUGCUGAGAAUGAAAUCAUGACGGUGAACUUCCUGUUGAAGCAGUUGGAGUGGGUGCGAAAUGAGAGCAUAGAUGGACCUAACACCAUCACAGUGGAGAGGCGUAAACACAGGGGCUCACGGGGCUUUAAGUACUAUGAUCAAAUCACUAACAUUGUAGUCCGACUCGAACCCAGAGGUGGAGCUGAACACUUCGUACUGGCUAACUGCCAUUUUGACAGUGUGCCCGACAGUCCAGGAGCAAAUGAUGAUGCUGUAAGCUGUGCCGUGAUGCUGGAGGUGUUGCAUUCAAUAUCGAAUCUUUCUAUUCCUUUAAAUCAUGGCAUCAUCUUUCUCUUUAACGGAGUUGAAGAGAUUGGCUUAAUGGCAAGUCAUGCCUUUGUCACUCAACAUGAGGUGGUGAAGCAGAUUAGAGCAUUUGUGAAUCUGGAGGCUUGUGGUGUUGGGGGAAAGGAACUGGUGUUUCAGACAGGUCCAGAAAAUCCGUGGCUGGUUCAAGCGUAUGCUGAUGCUGUUAAACACCCUUUUGCCUCAGUUUUGGGGCAGGAAAUUUUCCAGAGCGGCGUUAUUCCCUCAGAUACUGACUUCCGCAUCUUCACGGAAAUUGGCAACAUUCCUGGUAUUGAUCUGGCUUUUAUUGAGAGUGGUUAUCUUUACCACACCAAGUACGACACUCCAGACCGCAUUCCUACAGAUUCCAUUCAGAGAGCAGGUGACAAUAUCCUUGCUCUUCUGAAGCAUCUGGUCACCAUGAAAACACUGGCUGACCCAUCAGAAAAUCGCAAUGGUAGCAUGGUGUUUUUUGAUGUCUUGGGUCUAACAAUGGUGGUUUAUCCAGCACGAGUUGGUUCCAUCAUAAACUACGUGGUUGCCGUAGCAGCUCUUAUCUAUCUUGCUAAGAAAUGUCUAUGGCCUAAAGAAGUGUGGGGCUGGUAUCUGCUGGAACUGUUUUGCGGCUCGUUUGUGUUCGUGCUCAGCUGGGUCAUGGCAGUGCUCGCAGUCCUGGGUGUGUCGUGGGUGGUCACAAGGAUGGGACGCUCCAUGUUCUGGUUCACUCACUUUUACGCCUCCAUCGGCUUGUAUGGAUCUGUUGCAGCUGGAAAGAUACUUCUGAUCCACACACUCGCCAGAAUGCUCUACUACAGAGUGAGACAUAUAGGACAUGCCCAAAAUAAGCAGAGUUUGAAGUUGAGCGACCUGUUCUUCGACGUCAGUCUGCUAUUGUGGUGUUGUGCCCUUAUUUUUCUCACCCAGCGAGGUCUGUGCUCGGCGUAUAUUCCCAUGCUUAUGGUGUUUUUCCCUUUGGUCACCAAGCUCCUGCUCUGCAGACACUUUGCACAGAAAGGUGUGUCAAAGAUCUACAUGCUUUUCUACCUGUUGGGGUUGUCUCUCCCCUGCAUUCACCUGCUGUACCUCAUUUGGAUUGUGUUUGAGGUUUUCACACCCAUUAUGGGACGCUUAGGCAGUGAUAUCCCCCCUGACAUCGUGAUUGCAGCACUGAUUGCUAUAACAACUGCCUUACUAUCCUCUUAUUUGAUUCAUCUCCUGUACCUGGCAAGCACCACUAAGCAUGCAUUAGCUGCUUUAUAUGCAAUUUUUGUUCUGAUGUUUGUGCUAGUUUCCUGCGGAGUUUUUUUUCCGUAUUCAAGUAAUCCAGCCAGUCCACGACCUAAAAGAGUCGAAGUGCAGCACCUCACAAUCACUUGUCAUGCUUUGAAUGGCUCUUUGGAGAAAACAGAUUCUGGUUAUCAGAUUGACGGCCCUGAUUAUACGGGAAUGAGCCACAUCACCCCUCACAUUACAGAUAUUAACACCACCACCCACAGCUAUGAGUUACCCUUCUGUGGUUUCAACAAACUCUUUUACAGCGCAACCAAAAAGUCCUUGUAUCUCCCUGCUCCAGCAGUGUCUCCUAAAUCUCCACUAGAGUUUAAACUGGUAUCCAAAAACAUAUCAACACGGGGGACAGUAAGGUUGAGCUUUGAAGCUAAAGGUCCGAGUCUCAUGACUAUGUUCGUCCAGGCUCACAGGGGAUAUACCCUUACAAGUUGGUCAUUUAAAAAUAUCCCAGGAUAUUAUGUAUGGUACACUCGUGGUGUGGAUAAAGGACCGUGGACCUUCUGGAUUGAGGUUGUGAAUUCAGAAUAUUCAGAAUAUUUGGAAGACACCGGCAUGGUCUCCAUCAUGAUUUCAGCCCACUAUUUAUUCGGAGAAGAUCAGCACACUCCUGAGCUCAAUUUGUUUUUGCAGAAUUUUCCGGAUUGGGCUUUUGUGACAUCACGGGUCAGUACUUACCACGUGUACAAGUACUGAGAUUUGAGAAAUGUGAAUCUAGCUCCAAUGACUGCAGUGAGACCCUGUGAAAUGGAUCCAUACCCAUUUUGAAACUACACUGUUGUAUUUCCACAAUCAGUAUAUAUUUCUUCUUGUCCACCACUCUUUUGCUCUUUUUCCUGUAUUGGUGUUUUCUCUCUUACAUCUUCACAUGUAAUGGUUUAAAAAUGAUUAAAUAAUUAUGAUUCUAGAUGUAGAGCCCAAGCUGUAUUCAAAUACACAAGGAGAAAUGGACAAAGGGACAUAAAAGCAGUUGGGUAAACCUCUGUGAAUGACAUAUGGUUGGUAAAAAUGACUUGGCAUAAUUGCCAAAGUGAACUUUGCCUGAAAUUGCAGCUUGUGUUUAUCUGUAUAAGGCUUGUUUAUUAUAACAGUAACAUUUUUUAGGUAUUUUUCUUCUUAAAUUUUGAGUUAUUAUUAAUGACUGGUUCUUUCUUUAUACUGGGGCAUGAUAUUACAAGUUUUCUUACUACAAAGAACACUCAUUUUCUCUCACUGACACAUUAUCAAUUCAGAAAUAAAGUUGGUGGAAAUCAGGAGUAAGAGACCCAUGGACAACCAUCUAAUUGUAAUUUUUUUCAACAAAGAAAGGCCCCAAAAGUUUUCUUACAUAAAAUUGUACAUUUUUUAAUUAUUUCAAACCCCAAAAAGAUUAACUAUUAAAAAUUAUUACAAAAGUUUUUUUUAAAACGUGCACUUUGGACCGUGUGUGUUUAAGAUGCUAUUCUGUUGGAGGAAGAUCUUCUUUCUAUAUAAAUAAAAUAAAUGUUUUGUCUUUACAUUGUUUGGAACAAUCAUUGGAGGACCUGAAACCAGUCACGCUCACUCACUCAUUGUCUAUCCCGCUUAAUCCUGUAUGCAGGGUCAACGGGGGGAAUUAUGCUCACUACAUAAGUUGUCCCAGGAAACUUGGGGCACAAGGCAGGGGUACACACAUACACACUGUGCCAUCCAUUGCAGGGCACACAUACAUACACACACUACAGGCAAUAUGGUAAUGCCAGUUAGCCUAAUUUGCAUGUUUUUGGACCAUGGGAGGUAACCAGAUUUCCCGGAGGAAACCUAUGCCCACAUAUAAAUACACAUACAUGUAUAUAUAAAAUUAGUGUGUAUGUGGUGGUACACACCAAAAAAUUUAUUACACUCUAAAAAACGCUGGUUG